AUGCGCCAGCGCGAGUACGACGCCCAGAACCAGAAGUACCAGGCGGCGCGCAACGAGCUGAAGCAGCGCAUGGAGCAGGAGAAGGCCAACAGCCGCAUGAACCGCCUGAAGAUCCAGAACCAGUGGCGGAAGAUCAUGCGCCUCGCCAAGGUCGAGUCGCUCCGCAAGGGCAUCGAGAUCCUGUCGCAGAACCACGAGCGCGACGUCGACCGCAAGGACGCCAUCAUCCAGAUGCUCGACCGCGACCUCGAGGAGGCCGAGGACCAGUUCCAGAUGGCGCUGCGGAGCCACCUGCAGAACAUGGACCAGCUCAUCGACCUCCAGGACUCGCGGCUGUUGACGUCGGAGCAGGAGUUCGAGCAGGAGCUCCACACGCUCGAGGCCGAGUUCCAGGCGGAGAAGGAGGCCAUCGUCAAGCAGCACGCGCUCGAGACGCAGGAGCUCAACGACAUCAUGUCCGCCGUCGAGUCCGAGGAGCAGGAGCGCGAGGCCGAGGCGAAGCAGGAGCACGAGCAGCUCCGCGAGGAGAUCCGCAACAAGAACUUGGAGGAGAUCAACAUGCUGCGCAUCGGGUUGGACUCCCAGAUCGAGGACCUGGAGCAGCACUUCGAGACCGCGCAUUUGAAUUAUCUCCAGACGACGGACCAGCGGACGCACGACUUCAAGUACUACACGAAGAAGGACCAGGAGCUGUCCAAGGAGAUCGAGAUCAAGAUCCGCAAGAUCGAGCGCCUCCAGGCGUCGCUCCACCACUGGCGCACGAAGCUCAUGCAGAACAUGAAGGAGUGCUCGACGCGGAACGCGCUGCUCCUCGAGGAGAAGAACAAGAUCCAGGGCCACUUCCAGCAGCUCAAGGCGCGCAUGAACCGCUUCCGCACGUCCCAGGGCAAGCGCCUCACGGAGCUCACGCAGAACGCCCACGCCUGCAAGAAGAAGAUCUCGGGCCGCAUCGGCCUCGCGGAGCGGAUCCUCGUGCUCUCGGAGCUCGCGCGGAAGAUGGAGACGGAGCAGGAGAAGGUGAUUCCGUUUCAGGCGAACCCGAACAACACGGAGGCCGACGCCGACGAGGCCGCGGCCGCGCUCCAGACGUCCAGUUGGACCGCCGACGGCAAGCCCGUCCAGGAGUGGUGCCACCUCGACAACUUCCUCCGCAAGUACAACAAGGUGCUCCUCGACAAGCUCGCGAUCGAGCGCGAGCGCGAGCGCCUCGAGGCGGAGAACGGCGACCUCCAGACCAUCCUCAAGCAGUACUUCGACGGCGUCUCCGUCAACGACGCCGUCAUGCGCUCCGCGAACCCGCUCUUCGUCGUCAACGGCAAGCUCAACAUCUCCCAGCCCCUCCCCGUGCGCCGCGCGCCCGACCAGCUCACCGUCGUCGACGCGAACCACAUGGUCACGACGAGCCGGGUGAACACGACCUACUUCUAG